GGGGUGGGCGGCUAGUUUUUGCAACGGCAAAGAGCCCGUGGGUUUAUUAUAAGGCGGAGCUCGGCGGGAGAAGUGCGGGCCAGAGCAUACAGAGCCCGGCGCAGAGGAAGGAAUCUGGCACACGGGAGCUGACUCCAGCCGGCGGAACCUGCAGCCCUCGCUCCGGACAGCAGCGCGCUAGGCAGGCGCCCGGGACAGCAAAGCGCAGCGCAAUCAGCAGAGCCGGCCCGGAGCUCCGUGUAACCCGCAACCCUGACCUGUGCCGCCCGCCGAGCUCUCACCGCCGGUCUGGGCAGCAUGAGGCACGCGGCGCUCUGGCUCUGGCUCUGCGCGCUGGCGCUGCGCCUGCAACCUACCCUCCCGCAAAUUGUGGCUGUAAAUGUGCCUCCUGAAGAUCAGGAUGGCUCCGGGGAUGACUCUGACAACUUCUCUGGCUCAGGCACAGGUGCUUUGCCGGAUAUCACUCUGUCAAGGCAGACAUCUUCCACUUGGAAGGAUGUGUGGCUCCCGACAACCAUGCCCAUAGCUCCAGAGCCCACCAGCAGGGAUGCUGAGGCUGCUUUUACCUCCAUCCUGCCAGCUGGAGAGAAGCAGGAGGAGGAAGAGUCAGUGCUUGUUACAGAAGCAGAGGAGACUGGCUUUACUGCUCAGGACGAGGAAAAGGAGGUCACCACCACCAGGCCCAGGGAGACCACACAGCUCCUGAUCACCCAACGGGCCUCAACAGCCAGAGCCACCACAACCCAGGCACCUGUCACAUCUCAUCCCCACAGGGAUGUGCAACCUGGCCCCCAUAAGACCUUGGCUCCCAUAGCACCUGGCCAACCUGACCAUCAGCCUCCAAGUGUGGAGGAUGGAGGUGCUUCUGACAUCAAUGUGGUUGCCGAGGAUGGGACUACCAACCAGCUUCCUACAGGGGAGGGCUCUGGAGAGCAGGACUUCACCUUUGAAACAUCUGGGGAGAACACAGCUGUGCCUGCUGUAGAGCCUGGCCUUCGGAAUCAGCCCCCAGUGGAUGAAGGAGCUACAGGUGCUUCUCAGGGCCUUUUGGACAGGAAGGAAGUGCUGGGAGGUGUCAUUGCUGGAGGCCUGGUGGGGCUCAUCUUCGCUGUGUGCCUGGUGGCUUUCAUGUUGUACCGGAUGAAGAAGAAGGAUGAAGGCAGCUACUCCUUGGAGGAGCCCAAACAAGCCAAUGGUGGUGCCUACCAGAAACCCACCAAGCAGGAGGAGUUCUACGCCUGAUGGGGGAAUAGUUCUCCCCCCAACCCCUACCACUCACUAGGCUCCCACUCGCCUCUUCUGUGAAAAACUUCAGGCCUCCCCACGCUGUGCCAUCCCUUCAGUACCCAGAUUCUUCCGGCUGUUCUUGCCCGAGUGCUCCCAGGGUGUGCUGGGAAUUCAUUCUACUUCUUUGACUUCUGCCUAGAAGCUUGGGCGCAAAGGGUUUCUUGCAUCUGAUCUUUCUACCACAGCCACACCUGAUGUCUGCUCUUCCAACUUGGUUACUCCAAAUGGAGACCCAGCUCUGGACAGAAAGGGACCCAACUGCUCUGGACCUAGAUUGCCCUAUUGGGGCUGGAGGAUCCUGGGGACAGGAGAGGGGCUUCGGCUGACAUGCCAUAGCACUUACCCAUAGAGACCACUAGGGUUGGCCGUGCUGUGGUGGUGGUGGUGGUUGGGGGGGGAUGGAGUCCAGGGCUCCUCGGAAUUCACUUCUCAUUGUGGGGAGGUCUACUUUAGAGAUCAACUUGUUUUUGCACAUGUUUCCUCUAACUUCUCUGUUCAGAGCCCCAGUAGACCUUACUCCUGGGGUAAGGCAAGUCAGUUGACUGCUGUUCCUCACCUCGCUUCCCUAAUCUACAUUUGGGGAACAAUAUCGGGGUUAAUGAGACUUUUUGUUUCUGUUGUUUGGUUUUGUUUUUUUGUUUUGUUUUGUUUUGUUUUUUAACCUAGAAGAACCAAAUCUGGACGCCAAAAUGUAGGCUUAGUUUGUGUGUUGUCUCUGAGUUUGUCGCUCAUGUGUGCAACAGGGUAUGGACUAUCUGUGUGGUGCCCCAUUCUUGGUGGCCUACAAGUAAGCUGUCCAGGCUAGUCCAGGGUGCCAUGGGGUAGCCACCUCUUGAGUGCUCAUGCCUGUGUACAUGGACUCAGGGCCAUGGCUGUGCCUGGGCCACUGUGACAUUGGAAGAGCCUUUGUGAGAACUUACUCCUAGGUCACAGUCUAGGAAUGGAGGGAAGAAGACUGUAGAGCUGGGGGGAGGGGUGGCCCCGACUUUGGUACCAUCUCUGGUCACCCUUUCUCCUGGAAGUUGACAAGACAUAUCUUGAGUAUGGCUGGCACUGGCUCCUCCAUCAAGAACCAAGUUCACCUUCAGCUCCUGCGGCCCUGUCCCAGGCUGGAGUCAGAAAUGUUUCCCAAAGAGUGAGUGUCUUUUGCUUUUGGCAAAACGCUACUUAAUCCAAUGGGUUCUGUACAGUAGAUUUUGCAGAUGUAAUAAACUUUAAUAUAAAGGAGUCCUAUGAACUCUACUGCUUUUGCUUCUUCUCUGGGCUGGUGGUAUAGACAUAGCCAGUCCUUGCCCAAACCCUGAUAGCUCAGGAAAGCUUGGCUCAAGGCUAUGUGCCUCCAGUUCUCCAAGGGGUAGGAUCCUGGGUCCAGGGUUCCUCUGAUUUAUUUCUUUUUUUGUUUUGUUUUGUUUUUCUUUUGUCUAAACCUCUUUUGGAAGUCGGUAGGUUCACUCAAGGUUUUACAGGACCUGACGUCUGCUCUUCUAAAUGGUUUAAGUAACCGGGACUUGAGCACAUCUUGACCUGGGGUCACUAGAGUCACGCUUGCUUUACAGAGCAGACACUUGGGAUGACCUUCCUCCCUCAUAUUUGCUGGGACACUUCUGAGGACUCCUUGCUUAUUUAGCUCAACGAUGCUCCAGCUGCUGGCUGCUUGGUGGCUCAGCUAGACAAAAGGCCUGUGCCCUGUGUUUCAUCCCAGAACUUGUUGCCAGAACAUAUGGCUGGAUAUGAUGUGGGGUGGGGGUGGGGUCAGAUCCGAGACAGCACUCAGCUGAGGGCUUGUGAGACAGUGCCUGAGCCUCAGGCUGGGCCCAUCCAUGUAAUUGCAAUAAAUGGUAUGUGUCCAUUUGGACAGCAGACA